AUUCGUGCAAGGAGUUAGGUGGGCCUUGUAAUUCGUACCUCGUGAGAGUAGUGUUGUACAUUUACGCUUGUUUUAUUUUUCAAUUUCCUUGCUAAUAUGUCAGAUUAUAACGCCGUAGCACCACCAGCUGCCCCAAUUGAUACGAAUGCAGCCUUUGCCGACGCCCUUCAGCGUGCAAGACAGAUUGCUGCAAAGAUUGGUGGCUCCGGCACUGGUGCACCACCUGGAACUGUAGCUCCACCAGUACCAGCAUCUGCCAUGCCUCCAAUUGGUAUUCCUGGUAAUGUCGACCUCGGUGGUAUGGGAAUUAAAAGGCCUUUAGAAGAUGCUGAAGGUGAACCAGAUUCUAAGAAACUGGCUGCUAAAAAUGACCCUAUUGGUGCCCAAUUAGCAGCACUUGCCCAGCAAGCGAGACGGCAUUUAGGAAAUGGUAAUCAGGAUGAAUUUGAGAGACCUGGACAAUCAAGUUUGAGUGAAGAAUAUGCAGUGCCAGAUAAACUGGUUGGGCUUGUAAUUGGUAGAGGUGGAGAACAGAUCACCAGGCUGCAAGCAGAAUCUGGUUGUAAAAUUCAGAUAGCACAAGACAGUGGUGGCCUUCCUGAUAGAAUGUGUACCUUGACUGGAAAUCCACAAGCUAUAGAGCGUGCAAAGGCUUUGAUAGACAGAAUAAUAGAAAGAGGACAGGGACCAGCUGUUGGUUCUGAUGGAGGGCUUGGUGAUGGUAACACUACUAUUGAACUUAUGAUACCAAGUAAUAAAGUGGGUCUUGUUAUUGGAAAAGGAGGUGAAAUGAUUAAAAAAUUACAGGAACGCGCAGGUGUUAAAAUGGUGAUGAUUCAGGAUGCUACUACUUCAGGGACUUCAGACAAACCAUUAAGAGUAUCAGGUGACCCACAGAAAUGUAAGCAUGCCAGGGAGCUUGUUAAUGAAUUGAUUGGCGAUAAAGAUAAUCCAGGGAUGGAGAUGUUUGGUGAGAGAAUGGAUGGAGGAUACGAUAGAGAGAGAGAUGAUGACAGAGACUUUGAACGCCGUGGUGGUAGAGGUGAUUAUGGCCCAAGAAUGGGUGGACCUCCAGGAGGUGGUGGUGGUUUUGAGAUGCUUGUACCAAGGUUUGCUGUUGGAAUUGUGAUUGGACGUGGUGGAGACAUGAUCAAGAAAAUACAGAAUGAAACUGGUGCAAGAAUACAAUUCAGACCAGAUGAUGGUCACAGUCCUGAACGUCUUGCUGUUAUUUCUGGAUCAGAUGAUAAAAUAGAUCAUGCCAGAGAGAAGAUAGAUGAGCUGAUAGAUAGUGCUCGUCAAAAAGAUGAACAGCGUCGUCAAGGUGGUGGAAGAGAUCGUGGGUUUGGUCCACCACCCCAUAGGGAAGGUGGACGAGGGGGCGGAGGUGGCGGCUUCCGUGGAGGUCCUCCAGACAGAAUGGAUUCUACUACAUUUACUGUACCUUCCAGUAAAUGUGGACUUGUUAUUGGGAAAGGUGGUGAGACUAUUCGUAACAUCAACAUGCAGUCAGGUGCCCAUGUAGAACUAAGUCGUAAUCUUGGUCCACCUGGUGAGAAGGUCUUCACUAUUCGAGGAUCACCACAACAAAUAUCAUGCGCUCAACAACUCAUCCAUGAAAAAGUCAGUGGGGGACCUGGAGGUCCUGGUGGUCCAGGUGGGCCUGGUGGCCCAGGAGGACCUGGUGGACCGGGUCCCGGAGGUCCACAUGGUGGACAUGGUCAUGGUGGUCCUGGUGGACCCCCUGGUGGUCAGGGAGGUCCAGGUGGUCCAGGCGGACCAGGUGGUUUCAAUCAAGCACCACCACAAGGGGGACCAGGAGGUCAAGGGGGCCCACCUCCACCUCAAGCAUUUACACCACAGGGCUGGGGCAAUGCCUAUCAGCAAUGGCAGCAACAUAAUCCACAAGACCCAAGUAAAGCUGCAGCUGAUGCCAAUGCUGCUGCAUGGGCUGCCUAUUAUCAACAGUACUACCAACAACAAAAUCAACCUAACAGUCAACAACAGAAUCAGCCAUCAAACCAACAGUCUCAGCAACAACAGAGUCCGCAACAGCAACAGCCACCACAGUCAUCUACAUCUAGCAGUACGACGGCGCCGGGUACUGGUGGUAGUGGUGCUGGUGGAGGAGGCAGCAGUGGAAGUGGUAGUAACUCACAAAGUCAGAACCCAGGUGUGACUUCAACUGCAGGCCCCAAUGGUCAGGCUGAUUACAGUGCAGCAUGGGCUGAAUAUCUUAAAUCAUUAGGUUCCCAAGCACCAAAGGGCGAUGGUCAACCAGAUUAUUCAGCUGCAUGGGCAGAGUACUACCGUCAACAAGCACAAGCACAGCCACAACCAGGUGCUGGCAACCAACCAGAUUAUUCCAAUGCAUGGGCUGAGUAUUACAGGCAGCAAGGCAUGUACUAUGGACAGGCAGGUGGACAACAGUCUAAUCAACCAACCAAUCAGCCACCAUCACAACAGGGACAACAACAAUACUGAUUCAAGCUUGGCUGUUGAUGAAGGGUCAAUAAGGAAGUGUAUACGUAUAAACCAUGUUGUGUGCAUAUAUAAAUAACAUAAUGCCUUGUAUUGUUAUGGAUACAUGGAUUGUCUUGAAGAUAUCACAUUGCAUCAAUUAUGAAGACAUUUUUAGGAGUAAAUUUACACUUGCCAUAUUAGGUUGAGUCGAACCCUUCCUCUAUACGCAUCCAAAGUGUCCAUGAUAUUGUAAUUAUAGAAAGUAUUAUUGGUCAGAAUCAUAAUUUUAGUUUUUAUAUAAGUUAUCAUAGUCUAGCUACAUGAUUAAUGCUAUCAACAUGGACCCAUACUCUGUAUAAUCUAAUUGUUUUAAGAUAAGAUUAUUUUUUAUUACUGCUGUUAUUGAGACAUGAUUGGAUAUAUAUUUGCUCUGUUGAAUUGUGCAUGUGUAUCAGAUUACUUGUGCUAUAUUUUGUUCACCUAUUCUGUUGUAGCAGAAAAAAAAAAGAUAAGGUAAGAAAAAAAAUUGUGGAUAUAUAAAUGAAUAUAGAAUUUGUGACUUUGUGAUUGAAACAUUGCGAUAUUAUUGGCACUUUUCAUGCUGUAGUUAGGACUUUACAAUGAUUUUUUAUUGUCUAACACUGUAUCUAUAUAACUGCUUACCAGAAAUAUUUAGUGUUUUUUUAUAUUGUGACUAUUACUUGCGCAUUUGCUCAAUGUAUACAACUUUUAUCAUGUUGAGUGGCUUCCACAGUAUUUUCCGACUUUGUUGAAUGUGUAGGAGGUAUUAUUGGAUUGAAUGUGAUGAGGGAAUAUCCCAUUUGCUAUCUCGUAUAUUCUCUGUAUUUCUCUGGUUUUAAUAAACUUUGAUCAUGAUUAUUGCUUCCAUG